UUCUUCAUACUGAGUUUUAACAUUUUUGUUUCUGUUGAACAUUUUUUUUCUAAAGAAAUGUGACUGCGAUAUUGUGUUCCAUCAGCCUAUAUUCGGAAGAUUUAAAACAUUGGAUUCAAGGAUACAUUCCACUUCGAAAAGGAUCCAACAGCAACCACAUGAUUCACUUUCAAAGGAAGUCAUUUCGAGACCGUUGAAACUGGUUUCGUUUUGUAAGAGCGAAGUAAGAAGCUAGAAAAAAAUGACCAAAGUCAGCGACCAGCGCAACUGUAUCCACACAAAAAACCAGCAGCACGCCUCAAAAAAUUCCAACAUGCAUGAUCAGGAUGAGAAUGACCAAUGCGCUUCAGCGCUAACCUCGUCAACUGCUGUGUCUGCUGUAGUGCCAUCGAACAAACGCGCUCUAUACAUUUCUAUUGCCUUUCUUGCCCUUCUCAGUCGGCUAGUAGUUAUAGUAAUACAAGUCAUAUCGAAUCAUUUUAUACCUGAUCAUGAUGCGGAUGUUUUCGUUGCCCCUCGUGACCCGGCAGAACGUGCUGGACGUUUGGACGGAGUCGUGAACGGUUUGUUCGGAGGAUUGCUACGCUGGGAUGCGCAAUAUUUUCUGCAUAUUGCAGAACAUGGAUACAGUUAUGAGAAUACGCUAGCAUUUUUUCCAUUGUUUCCAUUAAUUGUUAAAACUAUAACAAUGGCUUUGGGGGGAAGUUCGACGAUGCUUACAUACCGUGAACUGUCGUUAGUGCUGGCCGUAAUCUCCAAUAUAGUGUUUUUUGUGCUAGCCGCGAAAGCACUCUAUAAACUAAGCAAUAUGGUUCUGGGAAACAAAAAGAAAAGUGAGCUGGCGGUUAUCUUGUUCUGCAUAAAUCCGGCAUCGGUAUUCUUCACAGCGCCCUACACGGAAAGUUUGUUCGCGUGGCUGUCAUUUACGGUGAUGGUGCAAUGCAUCGACGAUAUUAAUUCCGUGUUGAUUACAGUUCCGCUUAGUUUGAGUCUAUUGUGCAGAUCUAACGGAAUAUUGAACAUUGGAUAUUUAUUAUAUUUCAACAUGCGCCGUAUUCUUGCUCAGAAAUCUUUUCACAAUAUUAUCUGCAUCGUAUCGAAGCUAUUUUCGAUACUCAUGAUUAUCAUUUUCCACUACGGGAUUGCUCAAGUUUACAAUUAUUAUCUAUUUUGCUUUGAGCAAAAGUUCACUUUUCCGGCGUAUGUGAAAGACUAUGCCGUGGCUCAUAAUCUGGUGUUAGCUGGGAACAAAACAAACGAAUCGUCGCCUUGGUGCUCCAACUAUUUGCCUUUAUCUUACUCGUAUGUACAACACCACUAUUGGAAUGUAGGAUUUAUGAAGUACUAUGAACUGAAGCAGCUACCAAACUUCCUUCUUGCCUUACCUGUCAUAUAUUUGAUAAUUAGUAACGCAUAUAAAUAUGUCCAGGAGAAUUGGGACUACUGCUCCCGGCUUGGUUUGUUCCAGGCAACAAAUAGGAAACAGGUCAAACAUAUGAAAAACUAUGAUCGGCUUGCGUUUGUUUUUAUUGCACAUGGAAUCUUUCUGACACUGUUCAGUGUUUUCUUCGUGCAUGUGCAAGUUACAACUAGAAUGGUGGCCUCAUCUAGUCCCUUGCUGUAUUGGUUCGCAGCUGAUUAUUUCACCAGCGAUAGAGCAUUCAUUAGGCGUCAGGUGAUUCGAAAAUUGUCUAAACAAGUACAGGACGGUACUGAGCCAUGCACUCACAUCGAAACUUACGUCGAACUGAGUGAAGUGCUCGAUUGGAAAUCGAUGAAUUGGAAACAGAAGGCGAUUAUACUCUACUUUGCAGGAUACGCUAUUGUUGGUACUAUUCUUUUCAGCAAUUUUCUUCCAUGGACAUAGUUUGUAAGUUUUUGAAAACAGGGUUUCUUUAACACAAAAUAAUGAUCUAGAGUUUACAACAGACUUCGAAACACAAUCUACGAGAAGAAGCGUUUCAAACUUUAGACACCACUUAACCACUUAACAUUUUCAAGUUCAACGGUUGUAGCAGCAAUACAAUAUUACCAGAUAAUUAUAUAGGUGACAAAAUAGGUUUAACUAUUAAAGUUAGUGAUUUAGUAUAGUCUGUAGGAAGGAAGAAAAAUAAAAGAAACUUAACAUGUCGAUUGACAUAUUUAAAAGCAAGUUACGCAACACUUGGUAGAUAUUAUAGAAACGUCAGAGUUAUGAAGUUCGAUUAGAUGUGCAAAUAGAUACUUCUAGUCGCAAUAGUUCGAUAUUCCACUUGAAAUAAAUAUUAGUCACAAUAAUUGCUUGGGUGCUACAUACAAUUACGGUAUCUGUUUUCAGACACUCAAGCCAAACAAAUUUUAGCCCUGGUAAUCUAAUCAGAGUAUAACUCUAUUAAUUAUUCGUUUAGAAUACGGACUGUUUACUGAUACUUACUCUAUUUGCCUUAAUAAAAAUAGUAUCUAUUUGAAUCAAAAUCUAAACUAGCAAUUAAAUAUGGACCUUUAAAGUCAGGGUACGUUUGGAAGAAACAAUCGAAUUUCAAACUUUAUCAUAUACAUGCUUUGCCAAAUUAUUUAAAACUCAUUACGGCGAACAAUGUUAAUGUUAAUUGUUCUCUUAGUUGUAGUUAGUUGUCUAAAAAACCAGGAUAUCUGUUCUAGUCUUCAUAUUUCAAGCAAGAGUAGCCUUCUAAGGUAUCAAAAAUUUCUUGUACUUUUAAAUGAACAGUUUAUGCAUAAAUCGAAAUAAACUUACGCUAUUGAA